AUGUCACUCUAUCCAUUAUCAUCGAAUGAUGUUGAUCCAUUAUAUUGUGAACCUUAUAUUAUAAAUGGUUUUCGUAGAUCGAAUGAACCAUGGAUUUAUUAUUUUAAAUCAUUAUUUCAUAAACAUAAUGAAACAAUUAAUGUAUGGAGUCAUUUACUUGGAACAAUUUAUAUAAUAAUAUUAUUUAUUUAUUAUAAUAAACAAUUAAAUUUUUUUUCAAAUGCUCAUGCACGACCAUUUGCUACAUCAUUAUUAUCAGCUAUGAUUAUGUUUAUGUGUUCAGCAACAGCUCAUCUGUUACAUGCUAAAUCUGAAAUGGUUCAUAUGACAUGUUUUUUAAUUGAUUUUGCUGGCGUUUCUCUACAUGGAUUUGGUAGUGGAUUUUUACAUAUUUAUUAUUCUGCACCUCGAUGGUAUUAUGAUCUUGUUAAAGAAUCAUAUGUUUAUGUACUUGUUAUACUAGCCAUUUUUGUCUGUUAUUUCAAUUGUUAUGCACAAUAUAAAUAUAAACGACCCUAUCCUGCAACAAAACGUUUUUAUCAAUUUUUUCCAUGCGGUGUUCUCUAUUUUUAUUCUAUAAUGCCAAUUUUUCUUCGUAUCUAUGAAACAUUAUCAAUGUUAGAACAACAUGAAACAACAAUUCGUUUAAGUUAUAAAGAUGAUUUUGGUCUCUAUUGUCAUUUAAUACAAAUUGCCGCUUUUAUAUUUGGUUCAAUAGUAUUUGGUUUUGAUUUACCUCAACGUUUUUGUCCUGGUCAUUUAUGUUUUUUUGGUCAAGGACAUCAUCUUUUUCAUUUUUCUAUUUAUUUUGUAGUUACAUUUCAAAUGCAUGGUGUCUUGUGGGAUUAUGAAAAAUUAAAUCAAGGUUUAAUUAGUCAACGACGUGAACCACAUGUACUGUUUUGUGCUGGAUCAAUGUUAAUAUUAAUUAUAACCAAUAUAAUAAUUGUUGCAUGUUUUAGGAGAAAAAUUGUUCAAAAUAAAUGCGUUAAAACCGAUUAA